AUGGUUUCUUGGGGAUGCGAACUCCUCAAUUGGAUUCCACCCGGAAUUUCUGGUGCAAACAUGCAUGCUAUCACUUCAAAUACCAAAUACUUUGGAUACAGCUCUUUUUACUCUGUUUUCAUCUUCCGAAUUAAUAAUUUUUCAUUACAAUAUACUUAUUCUACGAAUAAGAAGACUAUUAUUUCUAUGGAGCUUAAUCCCAUUAAGAAAUCAAUCAUUGCUAUAUCGUUUAACAACAAUGUUACUGCAAUUUAUGACAUUAUUGAUAACAAAAAAUUAGCAAAAUUCAGAACAUCAAGUAAAGUUAUAUCCAUGACAUGGAUUAAGCGCGGAGUCUACUUAGCACUAUACACAAAAGAGAAUUACGCAGUUCAUAUCAUUUCCCCACUCAGUGAUCCAGAGCCACAUUAUCUUACAACAGUUCCAUUUGAAUGUCAUUUUUUAAAAUCCAUCAUUGGAGAUACAAUUGUUUUUAUUUUUGCAAAUUCAAACGGUAAUGCACAGUUUUACCGUGUUACUGACGAUGAAUUCAUUGAUACUACGAUAGACUACGGUAAGGAAAUUGUCUCUGUAUCAGUAGAUCACAAAAAUGUCAAUCACGUCUUGAUUGUUUUUCGAGAUGGAACGAAAAAGAUAUACGACGUCAGCGAAGAUAUCAAUGAAAUCAGUGCUAUCACUGGUGGCGACUGGAAUUUGAGCACUGGAUGCUGGGUAAAUCUUCCGGCAGGACAUUUCAUCACUGGUGACCAAGAAUCAGGUAUUAUCAGGCUGUGGUCACCAGCAAAUAGUUCUCCAAUUGAAUCUUUUAAUGUUUAUACUUAUGGAUUCAGAUUAAUACAGAAAAUUAAGAAAAAUUUCUUUUUAUGCGUCUUCAAUGACAACAGAAUAGCAGUUUGCAACAUGAGAACACAUGAAUUAGACUGGAGUAUUGCAUCGAGCCACAGCAAUACCAUCUUUUGCUCAAAAUUUGACCCAAAUCAAAAUAAUAUUUUAUAUUCUGCGGGUGCAGAUGGAAUUUUCGUGAUCCAUGAUAUUGACAAGCAUGAAAAUAUCGUAGCUAUCAGAUUGAAAGAUAUCCAAUACGAUGGGAAAAAUUCAAUUAUGUGCAUGGACAUUUGUAAAAGCGGAGUUUACGCAAUAUUAGGUUUGAGGAGUGGCUACAUAGUCCUAAUAAACCUAAGAACAUACUCCAUCAAGACACAAUACAAAAUUUCUGACAAUGCAAUUUUAGAUUUAUCAAUAAAUCCAUCGGAUGAGGCCGAUUUACUUCUAUGGACCGAUGGACCACAGAUACUACGUGUUGAUAGAGAUACAGGUGCUAUAACACAAUCAUACAUCUCUCCACAUGAUUCACAUUGUGCUUUCUUUUCAAAAUUCACUCCAAAUUUGUUUGCAACAGCUUGUGACGGCGGAUACGUCGAUAUCUACAGAGAAGACAAAGUAACGACCUUCAAAUGGGGAGAUAAUCCUUAUCUGCACUUGUGUUGGAGUCUACACGAUGACAAAACAUUGAUUGUUGCAACAGAAGACGGAUUAAUAUUUAAAACUGAUGUUUCAACAGAAGAUGGAUAUUUUACUUGCAUAGGAACACACAGAUGCAAAGUAAGAGCUAUGGCCUUCCAUCCAAUAUUCGAUAACAUUGUUGUGACUGGCGGUUACGACGGUUUUAUUCAAUUUUAUGACAUUGAAAAAAGAAUUAUUUUAUUGAGAUUUUUUGCGCAUGUUAAUUAUAUUUACAGUGUUGAGUUCUGUCCUACGAAUCCAUUUUCUAUAAUAACAAGUGGAAGAGACUCAACAGUAAGAUUUUGGUCUUUGGAAGUAAUUUUUUACAAUCAAAUUAUUGAUUUUGUUUUGUCAAACAAAAACUUGUAUUUAAGACCAAUUUGCGGAUAUUUCAAGCUGAUGAAACUAGUCAACAGCAUGAAGAACCAGAAACAGGACUUCGUGAAUGGAGACAUUGUCCACAUCAAAGACAAAAUUGAAGUUGAAAAUGAAAUUAAAAGAAAAUCGAAAGCGAGAAAAUCAAAAGAAAAACUUUUGAAAUUGGCAGAAAAAUCACUUUUAAUGGGUGAUAACAAGAAAUACUGCCAGAUUCUCUUCGAUCUGGGAGAAUAUGAUAAAUGCCUGGCAACUGCUCCUUCGGUUUCUUUCGAAUAUUGGCAAGAAAUGACAAAUAAAGUGUCAGAAAUUGUCAAAAAUCCAACAGAAAAAGCCAUUUACAAAAUGUAUUAUGGUGACAUGAAAAGUGCUGCAGAAAUAUAUGCAGCCAAUGAUGAUUUCACAUCUUCAUUUCUUUGCAUUUCGACGGCAACUCUCCAGAAGAAUUCUCCAACAGUGAUUUCUUCUCAGAAAAAUGAAAGUGAAGUUGAAAGUCAGCCAUAUUUGUUGGAUUUGAGUGAUAUGAAGCAAAUUGAUGAGAAGACAUACUUGUUGGCAAGUCAAGCUGCAAAGGAAGCUCUACAAAAAGGUGAAAUUUAUAUGGCUGCAUCAUAUUUUCUUUCCAUAGGAGAUUAUUAUCAGGCUUUGUCAAUUUUAACUCGUUGCGGAGAACUUUUUUGCGCUGUUACAAUUGAUAGAAGUCUGCAUUUGCAUGAUAACAAACUCAGAGAAAGAUUUGCUCGUCUGGUUUUGUCAAACGUCAAAACGAAAGCUGCUUUCGAUGGAUUGACGCAAGAAAGCAAAUGGAAAGUUAUGUCAAGUUUGUAUUUCAAAAGUGACGAAAUCCGUGAAAAGUUUUUGGCGGAAACAGAGGUAAAAAUGCCAACUAAUGAGCCAAACCCUGAUAAUCCUGUUGAGAAGAGUUUUUACUACUUAUACCAGUUCAGAUACGGAGAUGCUGUUAUUUUAUCUGUGAAUGAACUUCAAAAACAAUUCACUCAAAAAGAAUUUGAUUACGAUUACUGUGGUAAAUUUGUUGAGAUUUUGGAGCUAUUUCCUAUCGCAAAUAUAGGAAUUGCGUUGUCUGCUGCUGCAAGAGGAGUAGCAUUGUAUUACCACGCGUACAAAGCUGCUUGGAAAGGCUAUGUUUGGUGUUUCGAACAUAUUUUCGCUGAGAUUGAAACAUUGUCAGCAAAUGUUGAUUGGUUUCACGUUUUGGUUGAGAACCUACAGGUUUUAAGAGAUUUCGUUAACAAGAAACCGCAAUGCACAAUUAAUUAUUGUGGUAGAUUCACUCCAAAUCCAAAUGUUAACAGAAAUCACGAAAAAAUCUCUUAUGGAGCGAAUUUGGAAACAAAAGAAGGAUUAGUUGUUUCUCAUUUGAAUGCACUACAAUGGAAAGACUUAACAUCUUUCCCUGUGCAAUUCGACUAUGUUAGAUUGUUUUAA